GGCUAUAACUCGGCUCACCGGGCAGCGCGGCACAGCUCGGCUCGCUUCGGCCCCGCUCAGUCGUGCAGCGCUGCGCACUCGGGCUUGCUCCGUGCCGCCGAGCGAGGGCUGCGCUACCGAGGCCGAGAGAGAGGCGGUGUGAGAAAGUAGCGAGCGAGCUGCGAGCAGGCGAAGCUCGAGUCAGGCGAACAGAACAGCGACUGCAGCUCGAAGCGCACCCCGGGACAGGCAGCAUGACGGCGUGGCUCGGCUUCCUCGCCGUGUUCCUGUGCAGCUGGAGCCUGCGGGACCUGGUGGCGGAGGCGUGCACUUGCGUCCCCAUCCACCCGCAGGACGCGUUCUGCAACUCCGACAUCGUGAUCCGUGCUAAAGUUGUGGGGAAGAAGCUCAUGAAAGAUGGACCAUUUGGAACAAUGAGAUACACAGUCAAGCAGAUGAAGAUGUACAGGGGCUUCCAGAUAAUGCCACACGUUCAGUACAUCUACACAGAAGCCUCAGAGAGUCUUUGUGGUGUGAAACUGGAGGUCAACAAGUACCAGUAUCUGAUUACAGGCCGCGUGUACGAAGGGAAGGUUUACACUGGCCUGUGCAAUUGGUAUGAGAAAUGGGACCGACUGACUCUGUCCCAGCGUAAAGGACUGAAUCAUCGUUAUCAUCUGGGCUGUGGGUGCAAGAUUCGGCCCUGCUACUAUUUGCCCUGCUUUGCCACCUCCAAGAAUGAGUGCAUUUGGACAGACAUGCUCUCCAACUUCGGCCACUCAGGACACCAAGCGAAGCACUAUGCUUGCAUUCAGAGGGUGGAAGGUUACUGCAGCUGGUACAGAGGAUGGGCGCCUCCAGAUAAAACGAUCAUCAAUGCCACAGAUCCCUGAGCACACUGUACCUUCCUUAUCUUCCCUCUCCCUUACUUGUGGCUGAUCUUCCUUUGGACACUAACUCUUACCCGAUCAUGAUGAUGACAAUGAAAUUAGUGCCUAUUUUCUUGCAAAUUCUAGCACUUCGAACACUUAAAAAAAAAAAAAAGAAAAAAAAAAAAGAAAAAAAAAAGAA